AUGUCGUGGUUCAGUACCAAUAGCAGACAAACAUGGCUUCAGAAACUAUGUGUAAGAGUUUUAAAAGCUGGGCCAAUACCCAAACAUAUUGCCUUCAUUAUGGAUGGAAAUAGAAGGUUUGCUACUAAAAAUAGUAUUGACAGAGCUCAGGGACAUUUACAUGGAUUCAACAAGUUGGCAGAGACAUUAGAAUGGUGUUUAAAUUUAGGAAUAUGUGAAGUCACAGUGUACGCAUUCAGUAUAGAAAAUUUUAAAAGAUCAAAAGAAGAAGUGGAAUGCCUGAUGGAAAUAGCUAGACAGAAAUUUUCAAAACUUCUGGAAGAAAAGGAAAUGAUAGAGAAACAUGGUGUUUGUAUCAGAGUUUUGGGGAAUCUGACUUUAUUGCCACUAGAUGUACAAGAGAUCAUAGCAGAAGCUGUAAACUUCACUAAACAUAAUACUAGGGCAAUAUUAAAUGUUUGUUUUUCGUAUACAUCUCGUGAUGAUAUUUGUACAGCUAUGAGAGAGUUAGCUAGUGGUGUUAAACAAGGUCACAUUAAACAAAGUGAUAUAAAUGAAAGAGUAUUAGAAAAAUGUUUUUAUACCUCACAAUGUCGGAAAGUUGAUUUAUUAAUUAGAACAUCAGGAGAAGUCAGAUUGAGUGAUUUUCUACUCUGGGAGUCUAGUUAUGGGGUGUUAGCGUUUGUUCAAGUUUUAUGGCCAGAGUUCAGUAUUUGGCAUCUUUAUGCUGCAGUCUUACAUUAUCAACGUAAUUCACAAGCUGUGGGGAUUGCUCGUGAUAAUAAUGAAGUAGAAAUUGAAAGAUUACAACAAGAAUCAGACCACAGCUGUGUUUUACAAGAAUUAGAGCAGACACAAUUAAAGGGAGAUAACUCUAUAGAGAACUUGAACCUUCAAUCUAGAAUAAUUGAAUAUGCUGCUUUGCGCGAAAAACGAACCCAGGAUUUUCUAAACUUGCUGGAAUGUAGAAGAAAAACAUAUUUUGAGGAUCUAGAUAAUAAUCGUACUAAAGAGAGAUGCAAGUGUUAA